CCUCUGAAGGCGAAGCACACACCAGUCGAAAAUUGUGCUUCAUCAGAGACACACACACUCUUGAAAUAAUUAUCUCCAUUUAAUUGUUGUCAUAGUUACGGAAAAAAACCUGCUGUUUUUGGUUGCUAUAGAAAAAUAACAAAAAAUUUCCAAAUAAAGAAAACCCAUGGAAACGACGGACUUAAAAAACCCCACCCCCGCAGAAACCUCCGAUUCCGGUUACAUCUCCCAACCUCUGGACUCCACAGAUUUGGAAGAACCACACCCCCACCAACUAACAAACUCCACCCACUCUGCCUCCCACUUAAAAACCGCCUCCACGACGUCCUCCGGAUACUACUCUCGUUUAGAUUCAACAGACCACUCCACCCACUCCACACUAUCCUCCCAGACCCACCCCUGGCAGUUCUAUGUCACACCCACCCCCAACUCGGACCACACCCCUCUUCACGAGGCGAUAGUUACCAAGGACACGCAGUUAUUGUCAAAAAUCCUCCCCCUGCUGCCACACCCCUCGGUCCUUAAUGUGCAAACUGAUACGACGCGGCAGGCCCCGCUGCAUUUUGCUGUCUUAACUAAUCAAGUGGAGGUUGUGAGGUUGCUGGUGGUGAGUGGGGCCAGUGUGGAGGUUCGAGAUGCCAAUGGGGACAGUCCGGUGCAUUUGGCGUGCAGGUGGGGGUUCGGGGGGUGUCUGGAGGCUUUGGUGAGGGCGGUGGAGGGAAGUGGGGGGAAUGGGGUGGUGGGGGGGAGUUUUUGUCUCGGGAGGGUUCUGGAGGGGAGGAAUUAUGAGGGCCUCUCCCCACUCCAUCUCGCCACGUUGAGUUACACCCCCUCUAGCCCCACCCACUCCCCCACCUCCACCCCACCCUCCCCACUCACCCCCCUACACACCCUCCUCUUCCUGGGCACACCCACCUCCACGACGGACGGCAAAUCCGGCCGGACCUCGCUCCAUUUCGCUGUGGAAAAACGUGACCUGGCCGCCUUAAAACUAUUAUUGGAAUAUUCCACCAGGGAAACCAUGGAAAUUGAGAAUUACGCCGGAAUGUCGGCCUACACGCUCGCCAGCUGCAAUUUAUUAAACGAUUUUUGCCAUGUUUUAAAACAGUUUGGAGCCGAAGUGGUGGAUUACUUUAGCGACGAGAGCGAUGAGGAAUAAAAAGUAUUUAUUUUAUAUAUAA